AUGCAGCGGGCCGGCGUGCUGGGGGUGGCCGGCCCGGAGCCCGGCGGGCCUUACUCGCAGCAGUGCCGCGCCCUGCGCUUCUCCUACCACCUCGACGCCGGAGCGGCCGCCUCGCCCCCCAGCCGAGCCGGACCUGCUCAGACCCCUCGGCUCCUGGUCAAAAGCCUCUCGUUGGAGCCCAGUCCAGAACCCCGCUUUCUAGAGGUCCCCCAGCGGCUCAUCUCCGAUCCAGGACCUGAUAGCAGUGAAGCAGAAGCAGCUAAAUUCCGGCUUCUGAAACGACCCUCCGGACCAAAACCUCAAGUCCCUCCAAAGCCAGCCCAUCUUCAGACCAUCCAGCCACCGCGGCUCCCUGAAUCCAUCCCUCCGCCGCCAUCGCGACCCCUCCCGGCUGACCCCCGCCAGAGCCGUAGCCCCCAGCCCAAGGAUGGAGCAGGGCCACUAUCUGCGGUAUCUUCCCUCAUUGAGAAGUUUGAGAGGGAGCCCGUCAUCCUGACGGUUGAGCAGCCCCCUUCACCGUGCCCCAGCCUGGACCUCCCGACCCCCAGGGCAGGUUCCAUGGAGCCCUCCCUGGAUCGGCCGGCUUCGAUGGAAUCGGCGGAUUUCGCUCACAGACUCUUGGGCCUCCUGGUGCUGGAGGAGGGGGCGGAGGCUGUGGGGGGUGCUGCCGCCUGCCUGCCGCCUCACGAUGGGGGGAAGCUGGCCAACAGAGACAGCGGCAUCGACAGCAUCAGCUCGCCCUCCAAUAGCGAGGAGAUCUGCUUUGGCGGCGACGAGGGCACAGGGGAGGAGGGGGCAGGGGCAGCCCCUCCCUCAGCGGCCAUCAAGCGCCGCUCCACCCGUGAUUCUGAGGGGGACAGUGACAUGGACGACGGCAGCGGGGACGAAGCAGAGCUUCUGACUGAGCUCCAGCCCCCACCGGCUGAAAGGCAGGACUCCGAAGAGAUGACAGUUCCGCAGAAGGUUUUUCAAAUCGCCAACGAACUUCUCCAAACUGAAAAGGCCUACGUGUCCCGUCUAUAUCUGCUGGACCAGGUCUUCUGUGCCCGUCUGCUGGAGGAAGCACGCAGCCGAAACUCCUUCCCCGCUGAAGUGGUGAUGGGCAUUUUUGCCAAUAUCUGCUCCAUCUACUGCUUCCACCAGCAGUUCCUGCUCCCAGAAUUGGAGAAACGUAUGGAAGAAUGGGACCAGCAUCCUCGCAUUGGGGACAUCCUGCAGAAACUCGCUCCUUUCCUCAAGAUGUAUGGCGAGUAUGUCAAGAACUUCGACCGCGCCAUGGAGCUAGUCAGCACCUGGAUGGAACGCUCAGCACAAUUCAAGAGCAUUAUCCAUGAGGUGCAGCGAGAAGAGAUCUGUGGGAAUCUCACCCUGCAGCAUCACAUGCUGGAGCCUGUCCAGCGGAUCCCUCGCUACGAGCUGCUGCUGAAGGACUAUCUUCUCAAGCUGCCCCCGGACUCGCUCGACUGCAAGGAUGCCCAGAAAUCCCUUGAACUUAUUGCAACAGCAGCCGAGCACUCAAACGCCGCCAUCCGCAAAAUGGAGCGAAUGCACUCACUGCUGAAGGUUUAUGAACUGCUUGGAGGUGAAGAAGACAUUGUGAAUCCCACCAACGAGCUUAUAAAGGAAGGACACAUCCUGAAGCUUUCCGCUAAGAAUGGCGCCACGCAAGACCGCUACCUGAUCCUGUUCAAUGACCGCUUGCUGUACUGCGUUCCCAAAUUGCGUCUCAUUGGCCAGAAGUUUGGAGUCCGUGCUCGCAUCGACGUGGAAGGGAUGGAGCUGAAAGAGACGGGCAGCCUCAAUGUGCCCCGGACCUUCCUUGUAUCAGGGAAGCAGCGAUCUCUAGAGCUUCAGGCCAGGACUGAAGAGGAGAAGCGAGAUUGGAUCCAGGCGAUACAGGCAAUGAUCCAGAAGCAUGAGCAGACUCUGGAGACCUUCAAGCAGUUGGUCAGCGAGGAUGAAACUCCGCCCAGUUCACCCGGGUGUGAGCUGGGGCGCCGGGCACCCACGCCAAUCCGGGAAAAGGAGGUGACCAUGUGCAUGCAGUGCAAAGAGCCCUUCAACGCCCUCACCAAGCGGAGACACCAUUGCCGGGCUUGCGGCCAUGUUGUCUGUGGGAAAUGUUCAGAGUUUCGAGCUCGCCUGGUCUAUGACAACAACCGGCCCAACCGUGUCUGCACCAACUGCUACACGACACUACAGGGCUCCCCUGCCAGUCCUGCCCCGCACCCCAACACGCCUCAGCGCCGGAGGUCCAUCCUGGAGAAACAGGCUUCGGUGGUGGCUGAGAACAGCGUCAUCUGCAGCUUCUUGCACUACAUGGAGAGAGGAGGCAAGGCCUGGCACAAGGGCUGGUUUGUCAUUCCUGAAAAUGAGCCCCUCGUGUUGUACAUCUACGGAGCCCCACAGGAUGUGAAGGCCCAGCGUUCCAUGCCCCUGAUCGGCUUUGAGGUGAGCCUCCCUGAACCUGGGGAGCGGGUGGACCGCCGCCACGCCUUCCGGAUCAGCCAGAGCCACCUGUGCUGGUAUUUCAGCCCUGAGACUGAGGAGCUGAGGCAGCGGUGGAUGGAGGCGCUGAGCCGAGCAGGCCGAGGAGAAGGCGGCAAAGGACCGCCUUCCAUUCUGGAGGCAGAUGAAGACACGGAGGCAGAGGCGACCUAACUACGGAGGCUGGGGGAUCGGGAAGAACUGAAUCUGCCCCGGGGGGG